GGGUUGAAACCUAUCAAGCGACUCUGAAAUAAUCAAUGACCCAGAAAUCCCCCCCUCAGUGACAAAGCGGAGGCUGUCUUCAUUAUUUCUGCUGUGUUUUUCCUUGUGCGUCAUUCCUGUAUGAGGAUUACAGCAUCUCUAAGUGAUACAGGGUUGGAUGGAAAUGGCUCUGAUGGGGGAGAAUUGCCUACCCAGCCUCUCCCUGCUCUGUGUCUGAGAAUCUCUCCUAGCAAGAACUAUGGUUCCUCCCUUGGAAUUCUUUGUGACCCCCACAGCUUCUGCGCUAGCCUUUUGCUGAUAUGUUUUUUGCCAACAAACAUGGUGUGCCAGGUGGAAGGGAACUUAACCCACAUGUCAGUGGUCUAGGAUGGCCAGUGAAGGUUCCAAUAUCCCCAGCCCUGUGGUGCGCCAGAUCGACAAGCAGUUUCUGAUCUGCAGUAUAUGCCUCGACAGAUACAAAAACCCCAAAGUGCUUCCCUGUUUGCACACAUUUUGUGAGAGGUGUUUGCAAAACUACAUCCCGGCUCACAGUCUGACCCUAUCUUGUCCGGUCUGCCGCCAGACAUCGAUCCUGCCCGAGAAGGGUGUCUCCGCUCUACAAAAUAACUUCUUCAUUACAAACCUAAUGGAUGUGCUCCAGAGGAGUCCAGAUAAUGGCAUUGAAGAGUCUUCCAUCUUGGAGACGGUGAAUGCUGUUGCUGCUGGAAAGCCACUGUCCUGUCCUAACCAUGAUGGAAAUGUUAUGGAAUUCUACUGCCAGUCAUGUGAGACUGCCAUGUGCCAAGACUGUACCGGAGGGGAGCAUGCAGAGCACCCCACCGUACCCUUAAAAGAUGUAGUGGAACAGCAUAAGGCAGCCCUGCAGGAACAGUUGGAUGCCGUAAAGAAAAGGUUGCCUGAAAUUGAUUCAGCUCUUCAAGUAGUGUCGGAAAUUAUCAAUCAGUUGGCCAGUCAGAAAUCUAGCAUUGUUGAAGAAAUUCACACAACGUUUGAUGAUCUUCAGAAGACACUAAAUGUGCGGAAAAGUGUACUUCUCAUGGAACUGGAAGUUAACUAUGGUCUGAAACAUAAAGUUCUACAGUCACAGCUGGACACGUUAAUUGAAGGGCAGGAUAACAUCAAAAGUUGUACCACCUUUACAGCACAAGCUCUUAACCAUGGAAGUGAAACAGAGGUUUUGUUGGUUAAGAAACAAAUGAGUGAAAAGUUGAAUGAAUUGGCUGAGCAGGAUUUCCCACUGCAGCCCCAUGAAAAUGACCAGAUGGAUUUCAUUGUAGAAACUGAAGGAUUGAAAAAGUCAAUCCACAACCUAGGAACAAUCCUAACUACAAAUGCGGUGGCCUCAGAAACUGUGGCCACUGGCGAAGGGUUGAGGCAGAGUGUGGUUGGACAGCCAAUGUCAGUCACGAUAACAACAAAAGACAAAGAUGGAGAACUUUGCAAGACAGGUAGUGCUUAUAUCUCAGCUGAGCUGUUCACCCCUGAUGGCAGUGUCACUGAUGGUGAAAUACUUGACAAUAAAAAUGGCACUUAUGAAUUUUUAUAUACAAUUCCUAAAGAAGGUGACUUCACACUUUCUUUGAGACUUCACGAUCAGCACAUAAGGGGAAGCCCCUUUAAACUGAAGGUAGUCAAAUCGGCAGAUGUGUCCCCGACCACAGAAGGUGUAAAGAGGAGAGUCAAGUCUCCAGGAAGCGGACAUGUGAAACAGAAGGCAGUGAAGAGGCCUGCGAGUAUGUACAGCACUGGAAAAAGGAAAGAAAACCCUAUAGAAGAUGACUUGAUCUUUAGAGUUGGUACAAAAGGAAGAAAUAAAGGUGAAUUUACAAAUCUCCAAGGAGUAGCUGCGUCAACAAAUGGAAAAAUUCUGAUAGCCGAUAGUAACAACCAAUGUGUCCAGAUCUUUUCCAAUGAUGGACAAUUCAAAAGCCGCUUCGGUAUUCGAGGGAGGUCACCAGGUCAGCUGCAGAGGCCAACAGGAGUCGCUGUUCAUCCAAGCAGUGACAUCAUUAUUGCUGACUAUGACAACAAGUGGGUCAGCAUCUUCACAGCAGAUGGCAAAUUUAAGGCAAAAAUUGGAUCCGGAAAGUUAAUGGGACCCAAAGGUGUUUCGGUUGACCGCAAUGGACACAUCAUUGUAGUGGACAACAAAGCAUGUUGCGUGUUCAUCUUUCAGCCAAAUGGCAAAAUAGUGACCAGAUUUGGAAGCCGAGGAAACGGAGACAAACAGUUUGCAGGCCCUCACUUUGCAGCUGUUAACAGCAACAAUGAAAUAAUUGUGACAGAUUUCCAUAAUCAUUCAGUUAAGGUAUUUAACCAGGACGGGGAAUUUAUACUGAAGUUUGGAUCCAAUGGAGAAGGGAACGGACAGUUUAAUGCUCCAACUGGAGUAGCUGUGGAUUCCAAUGGAAAUAUUAUUGUAGCUGACUGGGGAAACAGCAGAAUACAGGUCUUUGACGGAAGUGGAUCAUUUUUAUCUUACAUUAAUACUUCAGCUGACCCACUCUAUGGGCCUCAAGGACUAGCCCUGACAUCGGAUGGCCAUGUGGUUGUAGCAGACUCUGGAAAUCAUUGCUUCAAAGUUUACCGAUACUUACAGUAAUUGAAGAAAUUCAGUUUUGUUAGAUUUACUGCACUGGAUGAACCAACUUCAUGCAAGAUGGAUGGAAAUAUCCCCACGCUUCAUUUGAAGCGUUCUCCAAAUAACUCUACUUUUAUCUAAUUCCUGUCCAAACAUGUUUACGUUUUGGUAAUGGGCCAUUCUCACUGAAAUGUUUCAUUGCUACAGAGGAUCGCAUUAGUGUGUUUAAUGAAGCCUUGACACAUCAAUGUUAAUUACUCACCUCCUGCACUUAGAUUUGAGGUCUUUUAAAUAACUACACGACGCUUGCUCCUCUCUAGAGUUUCUACUUAUAAUAGUCACACAUUUUCACCGUCACUGAGAACUGGGCAUUAUUCGAAGCCUUUGUAUCCUGGUAGGUAUUGUGUUUAAAAAUAUUGAAUAAAAUAAUAAUAAUAAUAAAAAAAUACACGCCGUUUAGUUGAUAGAACUCCUAAUAUGCAACAGUGAAAACUGUAAACAGCCCACGUGCACUUCUAUUUAUUUUGCGGUACACGCAGUAUAACAAAGUAAAUGUGCUUUCAUUUCAUGCAUUUUGACAGUACUAUAACUGUUUCAUGAUUUUUUUUUU